ACACACAAACAGAUCAGUACAGGAAUCCCUCUCCUCACUCCCUGCUCAACUGGAGAGCAUCAUGUCCUCUUCUGGAUCCACCAACCACAACAAGCGGCUGUCCUCGGAGACGGAGCACGCACAGAGGGUCCUGGACAUGGAUGCGGCCCAAAACAUGAAGCUGAGGGAGAGACAGCGCUUCUUCGAGGAGGUCUUCCAGCACGACGUGGAUGUAUACCUGUCUACUGCCCACCUGCAGAUCGACCACAAGAGACCCCCCAUCGGCAGUAUUUCCUCCAUGGAAGUCAACGUGGACAUUCUGGAGCAGAUGGAACUCAUGGACAUCACUGACCACGAGGCGCUGGAUGUCUUCCUCAACUCCAGUGGCAGUGAAGAUGUGCUCACCUCUCCUUUGCCAGGUAGGCCAGCCCCAUUAUACAAGGAUGGGCUCUCCCUGCCAGUGCCUAAUGGCUGUCACAAAAUGAAGUCUCGCAUGUCGUCCACCUCCUCUGGUUCUACUGACCCCUACAGCCUGGACACCAGUGAAGAGGGGGUGGAAACUCCCGUCAUCCAAUCAGAUGAUGAGGAGGUGCAGGCUGACACCCUUCUGCUGAUGACCACACCCUCAGGCAAGGAUGAAGAGGAGGAGGAGGAGGAGGAGAAGGACCUGGCAGUCCAGUUGCCAUAG